UGCAGCAUGUCAGUGAUACAUGUGCCGAGCCGGAGUCAGCUGAGUCACGCCAGUUCCCAGAAUUCCCUGCACCGCAGUGUCAGUCAGCUGAUCGAUACCCAUGACAAGAAAUCCCUGAUGGAAAGCUCAGUGUGGGAAUUCUUUGCACAGGGACGUGACAGUGGAAUGUACCCAGAUGAUGAUGAUCUAUUGGAGUCUAUCAAAGGUUUUAGUUCAGUUACAAAGGAGCACACAAUAUUUACAGACACCCAGUUAUAAGAAAAAAUACUCCAUAAUCAGGUUCCUAUAUCUUUAUAGUAUUGUUUGUUGUUUAUAUGUUUCUUUGUUUUGAAAAAAAUGGGUAGCAAAUUGAAGAUUAUCAGUUAGUAGCUACAAUUGCCAGUUUUCAUCAGCAGUAUUUUUUUUUCCUAUAAGUUUUAAUUUUGGCAUAAUUCUCAAUUCCACAAGUUGCAAUCCAGAGUGUGAAAAGCUUUUUGUCCAGCAGAGGGCCCCA